AUGCAAUGUGUACCUGAAUGCCGUAUGAACAAUACGUGGUCGUCGUCGGCCAGUGUGUGCGUUCAGCCACAGUCUGAACAGUUAACACAUCCCACUAAUAAUCAACAACAACAGCAACAAUCUUAUGCAUCAGCAUCAUCAAAUGGAGAAAAUCGACCAAGUUCAUCUUCUUUAUCGUUAUCAUUAUCAUCAUCACGUCAAAAUUUACCAGUUUUUGCUCGUCCUUUACAAGCGGUUACUCAUUAUUAUACUACAACAACAACUACAUCAACAACGGCAAAUAAUUAUAGUCAACGACAGUUCUCGAUCCGUCCAUCUUUUAUCACCAAUGGAAUACCUAAUUCUUUUGUUAAAAAAGGUGAAGAGCGAUUUAUUGAUGAUUUAAAAUGUUCGAUAGUAGCAACAACAACGUCAUUACCAGAUAAAACAAUCGUUUCUUCAUCACAACCAUCGACAAGUAAAAUAAAGAGUUCGAUAAAAAAAGAUUUGAAUUUAUCAUUAUCAUCAUCACCGAACAGGGAAGAUAAUCAGCAACAAGAUUCACAACAGCAGUCGCAUUCAUUAUUGUCAUCGUUGUCGUCGUUGCCACCAUCAUCUUCAUCGUCGUCCUCUUCGAUAAAUCGUCGUCGUCGUCGUCAUCGUUGUAAUUUCGUUUUAUCACUUAAAGAAUCUCAUCAACUUGCACGAAUCGCUGAAUUACAACCACAUUUGAUUCGAUAUUUAGGUAUAAUAUCGGUAAAAGUUGGAGAUGCGAAUGAAAUUAAAGUGGCAUCGAAUGAAAAAACAUUAAGGUUAUCAACAGGGAAACAACAGUCAACAAUACCAUUAAUUAAUAAUAUCAACAAUAAUUUACCAAAAAUAGAGAUUUCACGUGAAAAUUUUUCUUCAGCAGCAGUAACCAACCAGUCUUCAAAUAGUGAAGCGAUGUUGCGGCAUGAAGUUACACCUUCAACAUCCAAUUGUGAAAGACAAAAAAUUAGUGAAAAUACUCAGAUGGAAAAUACCACGGUUUCACCGCGGGAUACAUCUGAUAUGGGAAUUUGUAAUCAAUCAUUUGUAAAAAAUAAUGGAGGACGUAAUCAAAAUAAUAAAGAAAUUGCUAGCCAAAGUCCUUUAUUGGUUAAUUUGUUGAGGUGUGCAUCACCAAGUGGCAACAACAAUUCAGUCAUAAAUGCUCCGCGAUCAGUUGGCUAUCCCUUUGCUAAUCAUUCAUCCUUAUCUAAUUCGCAGCCGCAACAUUCGAUUAAUUACCAGCCCUACACAUAUGCAUCUAUGCCGAUGUCAGUACCUCCAUCAACUAGUACUAGCAAUCCGGCACAAUUACCAACGUCCACUGAAGUUACUAAUCAAUCUUUACAAUCUUCUAUGGCUGAACAACAAUUUCAGCAGCAGCAGCAGCAAGCUAUGCAUCAACAACAAGUUAAUGCUGAAAUGCACCGUCAAAUUUUGGCUAGUCAACAGCAUCAGAGUUCUCAAAUGAACCAAGCAAAUUAUUAUCCUCCUCCGCAGUAUGCUCAACAGCAUCAGCCAACCCCUCCCCAAACAACUAAUUAUAUAAUUCGCGGUCCGAUUUCGCAACAGUCCAAUACUGUUUAUCAUCAACAAGGACCGCCUGUGAGACCGCAGUACAUGCAAAUACAACAGUCGCCGCAAAUGCGGCCUCCUGUUCAUUCAGUACACGCUCAUUAUCAUCAAGUUGUACCCAUCGAUCAACAGGAGAUGGUCACUUCUGUGCAGACAGGUCCGCCACCCUCAAAAAAGCGCAAAAGACCAACAAAAAAACAAAUCAGGGAAGCUCAACAAGCUGCGGCGGCUGCUGCUGCUGCGCAGCAGCGGCAAUAUAUGAUGGAACAACAAAUGACCGUUCGUGUGCCAUCAGCAAAUAAUGCUCAUACUGUAGAAAGGCCUGGUAUUAUGCCUCAGAUGGCAAGUGGAUCGGGAAACUCCGGCGUUUCUUAUUCUCAGCAUCAAAGAAUGCAUCCUCCACCAGUAAUGCAAAACACAUCGCCGGGGAGUCAUAUGCAGAGUCCUUCAUCUAGUGCAACUUAUUAUUCUCAGCAACAUCAACCUCAGUCCUCUCAACAACAGCCUCAUCAACACAUUUGGUCGACUCACCAGCCACAGCAGCAGUUACUACAAGCACAGAGACCUGCCCAGAUUAAUCAAACACAGCAAGUAAUAUAUAGUGGGCAAAUGCAACAACAGUGGCAGACUAAUCAAACGCAUACAGCGAGAAUUAUUUAUCCUCAGAUCGAUAAUGGAUCUGAAAUGAAUUCACCAUCUACUGCUAGUGUGCAUACAUCUCCAAUGCCGAGUCGUAAUUCAGUGGACUAUUCUCCCGCAUCACAGGGCAGCAACACCAUGUCGCCAUUAUAUCAGCAACAACAAAUAUUAUACCAGUCUCACCAACAGCAAAUUUCUCAGCCAAGUACACCAUCAUACAAUCAAAUUCCAUCAUCUCAAGGCAUUGUAAUAAAUCAAGGUAGACGAAAUGAAGGUCACCAUCAAAUGCAGUCUAAUGUUCGCAUGACUAUGCAGCAACAGCAGCAGCCAACAUAUAUCAUUGACCAGCAGUUAAUCCAUCAAACACAAAUAAAAAAUGCCACCGCAGUUAUGGAAACUAACACAGAUUUUGUUAUGCAAGAGGAAUUAGGUGCCAACAUAGCGGAUGAUUGUGGAGAUUUCAAUGACCUCGAUUCUAUUGAGCCAAUGAAAGAAUCAGGUGAUGUUGGUGCAGUUCUUAUCGCAUCUCAUCAACAGCAGCAGCAAUCCCAUAUGAUUCUCGCUCGGCAUGAACAAGAAUUUGGUGAUCAGCCAACUCAUGCAUAUCGUCAAUCUCAAAAUGAAUAUGAAGUAGUAAUGCAACAAUCGAGAAAUUUAUCAUCUGAUUUUGCUCGCCAAAUGCAUCACGUUUCUGCUGAAUAUAUGCCAUCUUCAAAUGUGCAUUCUGUUGCAAACUAUCAGAUCCAUCCUCAGCAGCGACACAACGUUAAUAUUUGUUAUCAAUUACAACAACAAUCGUCAACUUCACAAGGUUGUUUUGUCCAGCAACAACAUAUACCACCUAAUCCACAGAAUGCUGUAGGACCAACGAAUCCCCAAAUUGCUUAUUCUUCAACUAAUGCGCACCAUCUUCCUCAAGCGUGUUCAGUGAAUACUUCUUCGAUCUAUGCUCAGACAUACAAUACCUCUCGUUCUGCUGAUGAAAUAUCUCAUUCUGAUGAUAGUAAUGUGAAUUUGUCAAGUAGUAAUUCUGGAGUGGAUGGAGAAAAGGACCGCAUUAAUUCAUCGAUAGAGUCGGUUGUCAUGAAAGCAUUAUCGGAUCAAGAUGGUCAAACGUCUCUCCUUAAUUCUAAUCGGGUUGCUCAGCGUUCUCGUUUAUUUCAUAGCCAGCAAGCUCCAACAACUUCCUCUAUUUCAACCUCUUUGGCGGAUCAUCAGCGUUUGGCAACAGGCAAAUAUACAGCGACUGGGAAUGGAAAUGGUGUGAAAGGCUUCAAUGUGGUACGACAGCCCAGUCAUCCAACUUCUUUAUCAUUUGCAUCAAGUCAGCAAUUUACAAACAGUAAUGAUAGUUUAUCUAUGAGCAAUAUUAAUUUGAUGUCUCAUUCCAAUGGCUCGCCUUCAUUGAUAACGCGCCCAUCACCACUGGUGCACCAAUUGACAACUGGUACUUCAAUGGGAGUUCACAGUGAAUCACUUGGUGGAGCACUGGAUCAGAACGAAUUUAGAUCAAAAAUUAACCAGAGUGAAAUGAAAAACAGUGAUCGAAGUGAGUCCGUUGAUAGCUUGAAAAGUAUCACUCAACAAAAUUACGCUAUCGCGAAUGGCCAUGAACCUCAUUUAAUGAAGCAAGCGAACGGUAUGGUAUCUGUUUCCAUCACUAAACAAAAUCGACGAAUUUCAUCGACGACUAAGCGUUCGUUUCUAUCAUCAUCGGUAUUGACAAAAUCAAUAGUUACUCGUCGAAAUCGACGUAAAGCAAAUUUAUCUCAUGAAAUUUGUCCUCGAAGGGACGACAAUGAUCAAGAAUUAUUUGUUUCAACAUCAAAAAUUAAGCAAGGUUCUGUGACUUUCCAUGGUUGUCGAAUUAAUGUAAAAAAUAAUACAAAUGAUGCUGCAGCUGAUUUCAUAUGUGGUCAGUCAUCGAAUGCAGUGAGCGCUGAAAAUAGAAAUUUUUCAACCGAAUAG